CGCUAAAGAAAUGUGUUCCGCGCGCCAUCAAUUACAAAGUAAUUCAAAUCGGAAGAAAAGUUUAGUGAAACAAUUUUUAGAUUUUAUAACAGUUGAACCGAUCUUAGUUUUCUUAAAUGUUCCACUAUGUCUACUCAGCAUAGCUGUUCAGAACUUGAGUUUGGAAAAGAUUUGUCGCGUUAAUCUCAAAUACAGUGACAUGGUGUGCGAUAACAUGAUAGACAAACGGCUAAAUAACAUCAAAUGUUCAGACAUAAUUACCACUGAUUUUGAUUCGGCGAAUGAGUCAGCAGCACUGAAUGUAAACAAUAUAAGAUUAGGCAAUGCCGGUCCCGACAUGGACUUGCUGAAAGUGUUUGUUUGCAUUGCUGAAAAGGAGAGCCAAAAAUACGGAAGCGCAUUACAGGCAUAUAUUGCACCGUUUGAUGCUUUUGUGAGCGUCGUUGUGGUAUUGUUGGCUGGUGCAUGGAGCGAUAAGACCGGCAGACGGAAACCCUGCAUAAUACUACCGAUUGUUGCCGAUUGUAUUGCACACAUUGUUCUACUAGUAGGAGCAACAUUUAUGAAACAACUGCCGGUUGAAUUUACCACUAUAUUAUCCACUAUGAUUAUGUCCGUAUGCGGGGGAUACAGACUGAUGUACAUGGGAAUUUUUAGCUACUUGACGGAUAUCACUACCGCUGAGGACAGAGUUUUCAGACUCGGUGUAGUGUAUCAAAUAUUUCCGAUAAUGUCGGUGAUAUCUCUACCACUUUCCGGUAUAUUGUACGUUACGCUUGGAUAUAUAAAAUUGCUAUCGAUAUGCAUCUUUCUUAAUAUAUGUGGAAUAGUGUACGCCAUAGAUUAUCUGAAGGAGGUGCCACAAAGGCGAGAACCUGUAGCCUUCGAAGUGGAAUUAAUGAAUGAAUAUUCUACGGUUGAUGGCAAUACAAAAUCUGAUUUAGUUAGAGAAGUCAAGUUCUCGGAGAUUUUUAAUUUCCAAAUUUUACGAGAUUCACUGAACGUAGUAUUUCGUAAAAGAGACUAUAAUGGACGAACGGUUGUACUGUUGCUGUUUCUCAUGACAAUAGUGUACAAUGGCAUUUUCGCAGGCGAAAGUGCAAACAAUUAUUUCUUCGUUCGAACGAAACUCAACUGGGAAGCAAUGGAAGAAGCUCCAUAUGCCGCAUUCAGUUGUUUCACUUCAUUCAUAGGUAUGGUGUUCCUGAUAAACAUUUGCAGCAAAAUGCUUAAAGUAUCUGACGCAAUCAUCAAUGUUAUAUCCGCAGUAACGACAACACUUUCCAGAGUAGUUUUUAUUUUCGUAUCAACCAAUCUUGUAUUCUACGCUGCUACCACAAUCGAUAUGUUCGCGGAUAUUUUAACAUUGGUGGCGAAAAGUAUAAUUGCUGCCUUUGUGGAAACUGGUGAAAUUGGUCGAAUAUACUCGGUGUUUGGUAUGCUAGAGAGUAUUGCGAAAUUUAUUUUCGUUCCAAUUUAUGCAACAAUCUACAAGCACACCGUUUCACAUUUCCCAACGCUUAUUUCAUUUGCAGCACAGCAUGUUAUUUCAUCAUAACAGCCACAUCAAUAGUCAUACUAAUCAUAGUCAAGCGAAAAGAAAAUGCAAUUGAAAUUGGAACCAAUACUAGCACACAGUGCUCAACGCCGUCCGUUCGCGAUGACGAUUGAAAUCAUGACAAUAUGAUAAGUCUUUGAGCAAAUACAUAGAAUUCCAAUUAUAAAAGUUUGUUUAAA